AUGGGGGAACCAAAACCGACGACCGAUGAUGAUCCUUGGGACAAAUCUAUGCCAGAUGUACCCGUAGGUCCUGACGGGAAGGAUCCUAGAAUUAUGCUACCCCUGAUCUUAAACUUUCUACUCGAUGAAGACGUUUACAAACAUCCACAAUGGGAUCGUCGGUUUGAGGAGAUCAUCAAAUAUCUAGAUGAAGCUGAUCAGGGUCGUCAUCGAGGCGAUCUCGGCUACGAUGAUUCUUACACGCGUGCGGCGUUGGAUGAUGCGCUCAUCAUAGUCGACGUGCAUAAGAAAUAUCAGAAGUGGAAAUCUGGUGCAACUCGCUGGACAUCAGAAAUCAUACCUGGCCAGCGUACUACUGAACGUCUUCCGAAUUUUCCUGGUCAAUCUCUUAUCCAGCCUGCUCUCGAGAGAAUGCGAAACAAGCACAAGCGUUACGAUGAAUUGCGCGAGAUUCAAACCGACGGUAUAUUCCCUGACUUGUCUGCGAGAGGAUUCAGAGCGGUUGAGUACUAUCAGAGUGCCGAGGAGCUUUACUUCGAAAAUUGCCUCAAACCCGGUACCUAUGACCCGCGUAUUUUUAACGGGUUUAGAUACGAAAAUGAGAUAUAUGAAAAAUGCAUCAAGGGUGGAGUUGGGGAAACCUGUAGGAUUUUCCCACCUCGACUUGCUGAUGAGAUUCCUACCGUGUUUGAUGAUGAUCAGCAGAACUCCAACGAUGAGCUCACCGAAGAUGAAAAGAUGGAAAACCUGAGAGAAUUUUACGAGGCACGAGGUUGGGAGCGAGCUGCACUUCAACAAUGCUUAAACAUGUUCACCAACUACGAGAAUAAAAUUCUCAAUACCCCAUGGCGUCGAGUAGUUUUGCCCUACGAACAGCCUAACUCGGUUUUGGAGGAGGUAGUUUACCAGCCCCGGGCACUUCCCCCAGAGAAGGUCCAUAAGAGUCUUAAGGAGCCGUAUCCUUGGGUGUAUUGGUAUAAUCAGCAUCAGGAACUUAUCCAGGUCCUAGCCGGCUGGCAGCGCCGUCGCUAUAACCUAGAAAACUGGAAGGAUUUCCAAAGAGCUGCUCUACCCGCUAACUUCCAAGGCCCUUACGUCAAUAGAAGCCUUUCGGUAUAUAAUGACCACUGGCUCAGAAUGGGUGCAUAUCUGAGACGUCUACGUAGCCGUCUAGAGGAUGCCUUCGGUAUAGCUCCCCGGCCCUUCUUGCUGGCUAUUCUAAGGGAUAUCCAAGCUGGGAUAGAAUGGCGCCCUAACCCGGCGGGAAAUACUACGGAAUGGCAUCCCGACGAGGCAGAAACCCGUAGGCAAGCCCGCCCAGAUAUCAUGAGGAGGGAAAAGAUCGAUUGGGUCGAGUUAGAUCCUUCUCUAAACUUACCCCCGACUAUAUUACUGCUUGACGAAUCUGACGCGGCCUGGUUGAGAUAUCUCUGCCAGCCCUCCCGCACCGAGAACAUGUGCGACCCCGAGUUACAACCGGAGGAGAAUCUUACUAUCCUUUUCGACCAGCGCCUCCAGGAUUUCCUGAACAACCCAGGCGCAUCCAACAGUCCGGGGAUAGCUGGGAUAGAUAUUUUUGAACCAGAUGUAAAUCAGUGGAAAGAGAGGCAGAAUAAGACAAGGCCAACCCUGGAUGAGGCACUCGCAUAUAUUAAUGGUGGUGAAGGUGCCGGAAAGUAUCAUGCAAAUGAGACGUAUCAGUUCACACGUGGUGAAGCUAUGGACCAACUGGAAAUACUUAGUAACCUAGGUCGAGUCGAAUAUAUACAGACGAAAGACCCAAGUAAGCCUCAGGAAGAAUGGGAUACAUUUAUCGUACGGCCUAAAUACGUAAUCCAUCCCGAGAAUCGUGUCUAUUGGCGCCACAGAAACCAAGAGUCAUUUGCCUCCAACCAGACUUUGUAUCUAAAUGCAAUAGUAGAGCAUCUAGAAAAUAAAUAUGGGCUCAGUGGGCAAAAAACUCCUAUUGCAAGAGAUGAGUUUAAACACAUCCUUGAUCAUCUUGGAGACAACACGUUGCCGGACAAGUUAGCAGCAAGUACAAUCGAUCGUACUAAAGACGCCAACGAGGACGACGAGGACUAUUACAAGAAUUACUCCGGAAAUAAAGACGAGGAAUUAGUAGAUGAUGAAAUUAGUAGUCACGACUUAUUGGCGAAGCAAAUUCAACCCGAGAUUGGGUGGGUUCGAGGCUCGUAUCCUGAGGGGGGAUUGGAAGAGAGACGCAACGCGCCUAGUUGGUCUGAUCUCGUUCCUUGGGAGAUGAUAGGAAAGCUGUCAGCUGGGAGAAUCACAGAUGAUAUGCGUAGGCAAAUCCGCGAGGAAGCCCAUAGACACCGUCGUCUUCCGCCCCCAGAAAGGACUGUCCAGUUCUUUCGAAACCUCGCCUAUCGAAUGGGACGUACAAUAGCGCACAUUGAGGAAAUUGAACGCACACUCCAGUACUCAGUGUAUGAUAGCGCGUCCGGAACCCAAAAGACCCAAGAGUGGAAAGCAAUUUCUACGGAGGCCUUCACACAGGCUUACGAGCAUUGGCAUCUUUCUAUUGAGAACGGCGUAGGACCAAUAGAGUUCCUACCGCCAACUAUAGAGGAUGUUGUCCACAAAGUAGACUCCGACGGGCUUAUGCGACGUGAGUUUAUGAAUCACAAUGCUGCAGACAUAAUUCGAGAAGGCAUCAUUAAAAACUGCGUCGAGAAUCGCAACACAAUGUACCCCGGCCGUAUUGAGGCUCUCGAGGAUUCGUCAGGUUAUUACAUCAAUGACAGCAAAUUCAAACAAAACAAAAUACUCAGCGGUUAUAAACGGCCAAGUCUAUUCAAAUGGGCUACAGAGGCGCAGAGGCGGUAUCAAGCCCCGUAUACUCGCGGGGUCUUCUUCCACAUGUUGCGUUGGCCAGUAUAUCACCAGAAUAGGCGUCUACAAGAACUCAUCAAGCAACGACGAGAUGAAGUGUUUAGAGAAGAACCAAGCCUUCCAGAUCAGACCUACGGCAUACUAAUGCCUAGGUUUCCCGAAAGAGUAGUAGACCGACGAGCUCUGAGCUCCACAUGGUAUCCUUGGCCAGACAAUCGUUGGAUUUUUAGUCCGAGAACAAAGCCAACGACUUCGGAAAAUGUAACAAAGCCUUUUGAGGGGACAAAGAGCCCAGAACGGACAGAGAUCUUGGAACAAACAAAGGAUCCUAACCAGACAAAGCAUUCCUCAAGUACAAAGAUCUCCAACGAGACAUUUACUCAAGUAUUCACUCAAGACGUUCCCCAAGAAGUUCAUCAAGCUAUCCCUCAAGUGUUCUCUCAAGAUACCACUGAGUAUAUUCCUCAACCACCUGUUGUCGAAUAUAUCCCCCAAGAUAUCCCUCAAGAUAUCCCUGAAGAUAUCCCUGAAGAUACCGUUGAAUAUAUUCCUCAAGACAUUCCUCAAGAUACCACUGAAUAUAUUCCACAAGAUAUUCCUCAAGAUAUUCCUCGGGAGACAACUCAAGAAACCCCAGUGGACCUAGCAACUGAACAACCACAACCAGUUACUCAUACUGACGACGCUGAUAACAUGGGGGUGACAAAAACAGCACCGAAAACACCGAAAAGCAAUGGGCGUCGGCCGCAGCUGGUACCGAUCACCAAGCCGGAGGAACGUUUCAUGCCAGGUCCCGCCAUCUUUCCUAUGGCCGAGACCCUUCUACAAUCUGUCGUCCUCAGUCGUAAACUUGAAAGCGUGCUUUACCCCCAGCCUCGACCUAACUUAUGGGGAAAGAUACGCAACGCCUACAAGGCCAUGACAGAUGUUCAAGAGCCUCUAGUCCCCUUGCUGCCACCGACUCGCGAUUCGGACAUCCCUCGCAGCACCUCUAGGAAGCGCAAGAUCCCGGCUGACUUUAUCCUUCCCCCUACUAAGAAGGUGAGCACCGGAGUCAACGAUGGCCCGGGCCUACCCCGAGGCCCCAGCCAGUCAAGACUACGUCGGACCCCCCAGCACCUGCUCCACGACCGAAAUAUAAACCACCACCUCGUAUUCGGCCUUUCCCCGUGGACCACCCUCAGUACGGACCUGCGCCUGUACCUCAGCCUCAGCCCCAGCCCCAACCCGGCCCUCAGGUUCAGCCGGUUCCUCAACCCCAGCCGGUUCCUCAACCCCAGCCUGUACCUCAGCCUCAGCCUGUACCUCAGCCUCAGCCUGUACCCCAGACUCAGCCUGUACCUCAGCCUGUACCUCAGCCUCAGCCUGUGCCCCAACCUCAGCCUGGGCCUCAAUACUAUCCUGUACCCCAGCCUGCACCCCGGCCUGUACCUCGGCCUCGGCCCCAACCUGGCCCUGUGGUCCAGCCUGUACCCCAGCCUCAGCCUGUACCCCAGCCUCAGCCUCAAGUUCAGCCUGUACCCAGGCCUCAACCUACACCCAGGCCUCAACCAACACCCCGGCCCCAGCCUACACCCCGGCCCCAACCCGGCCCUCAGCCUCAGCCGGCUCCUCAACCCCAGCCUGGACCUCCGGUUCCACCUGGACCUAAAACGCGAAUGGCUGAAGGAGCAAGCCGGACAGUUAGGGGACUCCACGUCGGACCCUCCCGGACCCUGGAAGUACACGCCCCUCCCUGGCCUUGACGCGCAUAUGAAAUCCGAAGAGCGGGCCAAGACCGGCCGCGUCGUCCAGCCGCCGCACCCACCAGAGCCCACCCUAGACCCUACCCAAAGCGCAGAGAACCCGCACGCCGACCAACAGGCCCUAGAGCGUGCUUUCCCGUACGGCUGGGCUCCUCUAGGCCCAACCUUCGGUCUCGAUGGCGCUCUCCAGGCCAUCUCCUUCAGCAUGCGUCUACAAGACCAGGAGGCUCUCUGGCUGCCCGCGACCUCGGCCCUGCGUGCCGCGUACGACAACCCAGACUGCUUCGUCGGCGCGAGCCGGACCGUCGAGGACCAAAACCACUACGGGCUUACUAUCCUGCAGGCCGAGGCUGCUCUACAGCACUACGUCCGCGAGGAUGGGCCUAACCCGCACCACGUCCAGCUGUGCUGCAUCAUCCGCAUACCCCCGGGCCGCGAGUACUACACGCACAUAGUGCCCGCACCCACGUUCACCGGCUCCACGACGCCACGCCAGGUCUGGAUCUACUGCACCGGUGCUAACGAGUUCGCGGCUGUGUUCCCCGCCGCGCGUCGCGAUUAG